UUGGUUUAGGCUCUAAGCUGGGCUGGACCUUUAAUUUGCUUUGCUCUGCUUGUAGAGCUUUGAAGGAAAGGAAGCAGCUGCCGAUAGCUGGCUGUGUGUGCCUGCAUGAGCUAGCGGGGGAGUAGGGUAGCACUAUGUUAACAGAAGAAUGARUAGAUGAUCCAUGGAUGGUUUUGGGUGGAGUAAGACCCAUAGAUUUCAGCCUGUUUGGAUAUAUGCUGCUAGGAAUAUUUCUGUGGAAUUAAAGAGAGGGAGAGGAGCAGGAACGCCACUGAGGUACGACACGCCCCCCUCGAGACGGUGAGGUCCCUGGGCUUGAUUACAACUUUAUGUCCAUAGAGGACUUCCUAAAUCUUGAGCAGUGCGGAGCACUAUUGGAAAUAGGGACGUAUGAAGGUAACUAUUAUGGGACCCCCAAGCCGCCGAGGCAGCCCGUGGUUGGGUCAGUGAUUCUCAGUGAUGCUGUGCUCCUCGACGGCUCCCAGCAGUCCACUCCCAAGCACACCAAGUCCUACAAUGACAUGCAAAACGCCCGAGUAGUGCCUGCUGACUACGAGGAUGACGACCAGGCCACGGAAAUGAACAACAGUUUUACAGGAUCCUUAGUGCGUAGUCUCUUCCCCUCUCCCUUGUUGUGCACAGGUAACCCUAGCGACCAGGACGAGAGCCGCGGCGGCGUUCUCCGGCCAUAUCCCGCGCGCGAGAAUGCUCCGUCCUAUGGUCUGAACAACGUGGCCGCCUCCACCUCGGACAACGGGCAGCAGACGCACGCCCAGCCCCAAGCCUCUCCUGAAGACCCCCUGGGACCCCUGCCAGACAACUGGGAGAUGGCCUACACCGAGAAUGGAGAAGUCUACUUUAUAGACCACAACACAAAGACCACAUCGUGGAUCGACCCCCGCUGUCUUGAGAAACCUCUGAAACCUCUGGAAGAGUGUGAGGAUGAUGAAGAAGGGGUACAUACUGAGGAACCAGACAAUGAACUAGAACUGCCUGCAGGAUGGGAGAAGAUAGAUGACCCAGUGUAUGGGGUGUACUACGUAGAUCACAUCAACAGGAAGACCCAGUAUGAGAACCCCAUAGUGGAGGCUAGGCGCAGGAUGCAGCUGGAGCAGCAGCAGCCGCAGCCUCCUGAAGGUGAGCGGUACAUUCGAGAGUGGAUAGAGGAGCACUCCUCAGCUGGUGCUCCCCUGGCCAACUAUGCCAAUAACCACCUAGAGACGUACCGCGACCCGCAGGUCCCGCCCCCGCUGCCCCCUGCUCCGGGAGGGGCCAAACGAGGGAAGCCAUUCUUCACACGGAACCCAGCGGAGUUGAAGGGAACUUUCAUCAACACCAAACUGAAGAAGAGCCGCCGCGGAUUCGGCUUCACCGUAGUUGGGGGCGACGAGCCGGAUGAGUUCCUGCAGAUCAAGAGUUUAGUCCUGGACGGUCCUGCUGCUGUGGAUGGGAAGAUGGAGACAGGUGACGUGAUAGUGAGUGUGAACGACACCAUCGUUCUGGGCUACACCCACGCCCAGGUGGUGAAGAUUUUCCAGUCCAUCCCGAUCGGCUCCAUGGUGGACCUGGCCCUGUGCCGCGGCUACCCCCUGCCCUUUGACCCUGACGACCCCAACACCAGCCUGGUGACCUCCGUGGCCAUCCUGGACAAGGAGCCCAUCAUCGUCAAUGGCCAGGAGAGCCACGACUCUCCGUCCAGCCACGGCAGUCAGACCGGAGGGCCUGUUAACGGGAUGAGGGAGCCGCGGGCCCACAGUCCCUCAGCAGAGGUGGUGUCCAACGGCUCUCACGGCUACUCCUCCAGCGACGUGGUCACCCUGGCAUCAUCCAUCGCUGGGCAGCCAGAGCUGAUCACAGUGCACAUGGAGAAAGGCGAUAAGGGCUUUGGAUUCACCAUCGCUGACAGCCUGACGGGAGGGGGUCAGAGGGUGAAGCAGAUCGUGGAUUACCCCCGCUGCAGGGGCCUGAAGGAGUCAGACAUUCUGAUGGAGGUGAACAAGAGGAAUGUCCAGAACAUGAGCCACAACCAGGUGGUGGACCUGCUCAGCAAGUGUCCCAGAGGGAGCGAGGUCACCAUGCUGGUGCAGAGAGGAGUGGUGCCUGCCAAGAGGAGCCCCAAGCUGGUGCAGCAGCUGGAGAGGAAGGACAGUCAGAGCAGCUCCCAGCACAGUGUGUGCAGCCAUCGCAGCACCCACACAGACUCCCCCAGCCACCCCCCCUCCAACAUGCCCAGUGAGGCCAUGGCCCCCCCUCCGGCCGCACCCACUCAGCCGCUGCCUGGCUUGCCUCCGUUGCCCACCCAGGACCCUGGAGAUGGCACCAUAACCCUCCAGAAGAAGCCAGACCCCUUCAAGAUCUGGGCCCAGUCCAGGAGCAUGUAUGAGAGCAGACAGACAGAUUGCCAGGAGCAGGAGAUUUUCCUGUGGCGGAAGGAUACAGGAUUUGGGUUCCGCAUCCUUGGAGGAAAUGAGCCCGGGGAGCCGAUCUACAUUGGGCACAUAGUGAAGUACGGUGCAGCAGAUGAGGACGGACGCCUGCGUUCGGGGGACGAGCUCAUCUGUGUGGACGGCACGGCGGUGGUGGGGAAGUCUCACCAGCUGGUGGUGCAGCUGAUGCAGCAGGCCGCCAAGCAGGGCCACGUCAACCUCACCGUCCGACGCAAGAGCUCUGGAUACGGAGUUUCGAAAGGGGAGGGUGACGUGCCCCCGUCCCCUGCCUCGUCCCACCACAGCAGCACCCAGGCCCCCUCCCUGACGGAGGGCAAGCGGACCCCCCAGGGCAGCCAGAACUCCCUCAACACGGUCAGCUCCGGCAGUGGCUCCACCAGUGGCAUCGGCAGUGGGGGAGGAGGUGGCUCUGGCAGUGCUGUGGUCACUGCAGCCCUGCAGCCCUAUGACGUGGAGAUCCAACGUGGAGAGAAUGAGGGCUUCGGAUUCGUCAUUGUGUCAUCUGUCUCUAGGCCUGAUGCUGGAACUACGUUCGCUGGAAAUGCAUGUGUGGCCAUGCCCCACAAAAUAGGGCGCAUCAUCGAGGGGAGCCCUGCGGACCGCUGUGGGAAGCUGAAGGUGGGUGAUCGCAUCUUGUCCGUCAACGGCUGCUCCAUUACCAACAAGUCCCACUCGGACAUCGUCAACCUGAUCAAGGAGGCCGGGAACACAGUCUCUCUGAGGAUCAUUCCUGGUGAUGAGUCCUCCAACGCAUCUCUGUUGACCAACGCUGAGAAGAUUGCCACCAUCACCACCACGCACACACCCCAAACUGCCAUGGAGCCCCGGAACAACUCAAAGUCGAAACAGGCUCCUCCUCCACCUCCUCCGACAAAAGCUCAGACCUCACAGGACGCCGAGUUCUACUCUGUGGAUCUGGAGCGGGACAGUAAAGGCUUUGGGUUCAGCCUGAGAGGAGGACGGGAGUACAACAUGGACCUAUAUGUGUUGAGGCUGGCUGAGGAUGGGGCGGCUGUCAGGAACGGCAAGAUGGGGGUGGGAGAUGAGAUCCUGGAGAUCAACGGCGAGAGCACAAAGAACAUGAAGCACGCACGGGCCAUCGAGCUGAUCAAGAAUGGUGGCCGGAGGGCACACCUGCUCCUCAAGAGGGGCGAUGGAUCUGUGCCUGAAUAUGACUCCAGCCAUGACGGGCACUCUCCCACACCCAGGGCACAAAACUCUCCGGAAGUGAGAACCCUGCCACCAAACAGCCGAUAUCACCCCUCAUCGGAGUCAAGUUAUCCACCAGACCUUCACAAACCAUCACGCCACAAGGAUGCUGCGCAGGGCCGAGACAGGGACAGGGUGGAGCACCAGGGCCGGCACUUUAACCCCCACCACCAUCACACCUGGAACAACAACCACAGCCAUACCACCCCCAGCCAACACUACCCUGAAAACAGCGGCGGCAACAAUAAGAAGAGCCGGGGCCGCAAAGUCAACAAGUCAGAGUCAGAGAGCGGCAUCUCAAAACUCUUAAAGACUCUGCGUAAGGACAGCUCUGGGAAGAAGGCUGCAGCGGCGGCGGCAGCUACAGAACGAGAGCGGGAGCUCUCCGCUAGUAGCAGUACUCUAGACCCGAGGUACAGUCGACCACGCCGCGGCUCCCUCGACCGUUCGCCCACCCGUAAACAUAACGCCUCCCCUGACCGACGGCGGGCCAAGUCCAUGGACCGCAGGGCAGAGCGAGCACACCGAGACCGCACACCCGAGAAGGAGAACGAGGACGGAGGUUUCCUCAGUCAUGCGGCUACUCCUGAACAACCACUCUACGACCGCAGGCUUGUGAGCGAGCCACAGACCCCGGGCCGGGCCUACUUAGAGGCCACCACCCCAGAGCGCCUGAACAAAAGGGCUUCCUCCCUGUCUCUUUCCAGGGGGUGGACUCCUGAAAGAGGCAGCCUGAAGAACGGCAACCUUCGGAGGGACUCGCCGGUUGAGACGAGGGAGGAGAGGUAUGGGAUGAACGGAACGCCAGAGAGACGGUACAGGUCAGAGAGAGAUUCGUCUCCAGACAGCAGCUACAGCAGGGAGGAGCGGAACUACUACAGUACACUGAAGAACAAUGCCUCCACUCACAACCACGCAGGCUACAACAAUGCAGGACACUGCAACAACGCAGCAGGACACAACAGCGCAGCAGGACACAACAACGCAGCAGGACACAACAACGCAGUAGGUCGCGCCCAGAACCAGUUCCCCGAGCCUAUGAGAAGGCUUUACAAAGAGAGCCCCAAGGACCUCAGCAUCUGAGUGGACAGAGCCUGGACCCUGGCCUAUCACCCCCCAACCUGUGUAGGCUACAGUACAUACACUGGACUUGGACUUCUGAGGAGAUUAACUCGUGAUUUAUCCAAUCGCCUGGUUGAUAGAUUCAUUGAUUUGACUACUUGUGAUCCGGGACAGAGAUUCAUACCACAGCAGGAGUACAAUCUUUUUUUUUGUUCGUACUGUAUGUUUUGUUUCUGUUCUCAUUAUUUUGAGCAUAACUGCAGUUGUUAAUACUGUAGUGAAGGUAUGUGUAUGUGCCUAUCACAUCACAAAUGGCGAUUUACCUUUUUUGGGGCAUCUCUGUUUGAAACCUCAGAAGGAACACAUACUAGUGAAAGUCUACACACCCCUUGCACAGUCUUCACAUUUUGCUGCCUUAAAAUGUAAUCAAAACAUUUAUUAAAUUGGAUUGGUAGAACAAUUAUCUACAAAACCUACUCCACAUUUUCAAAGUGAAAGAAAGAUUAUAGAACACCCCCCCCAAAAAAUAUAUUGAUUGCAUGACUCUUAGCGCAACGUAUAGCCAUUGUUUUUGUCAAAAUUGCUCAAGCUCAGUAAAUGUGGUUGGGAAUCAUUGAAGGCCAGCAAUAUUUCAGCCUUGUCUCGGAUUUUCAAGCAAAUUUAAGUCAGGACUGAGACUGGACAACUCACACUUUACACCUCUUCGAAAGCCCUCCUGGCGGGUCUUUGGUAUUAAAAUGUGUGUAAAUGUCCCGCUGACAAAUACAACUCUGUCCCAGGGUUAGGUUUUCCAAAAACUACGGCAGGUUUUUACCUGGGCUUUGCUCCUUUCAUGUUUUUUUUUUACCCUGACAAACUCCCCAAUCCCUGCCGGUGACAAGCCUACCCAUAACAUGAUGUGCCAACACAAUACUUGAAAAUACAGAGAGUUUUUCUCUGUGUUGCAUUAGAUUUAAUUCAAACCAGCAGUUUUUAUUUAGUCCAAAAAGUUAAUGUAUUUGCUAUUUUGUCUUGCAGUAUUAUUUAACAGCCUUGUUGCAAACAUAAUUGAUGAUUUGGCGUGGAUGUUUUAACACAGGUUUCCUUCUUUUCACUUCAUCAUACAGGCCACUAAUGUGGAGUGAAUGCAAUGUUGUAGAUCCUCUGUA